AUGGAAAUUUCAGAUGAAAAUUUACAAACCUUGGCAAGAUACUUACAACAAACGCUCAGUCCUGAUGUAAAUAUUAGAAGACCCGCUGAGAAAUUCCUAGAGGGAGUGGAAGUUAAUCAGAACUAUCCUUUAAUUCUAUUAAAUCUCAUACAUAAGCCAGGAGUUGAUAUGACAAUUCGUAUUGCAGGAGCAGUUGCAUUCAAGAAUUAUAUCAAAAGGAACUGGCAAGUAGAAGAAGAUCAAGUAGAUCGUAUUCAUGAAUCCGAUAGAGCUGCUGUCAAAAAUUUAAUUGUAACUCUGAUGUUGAGUUCACCGGAGUCGAUCCAGAAACAGCUAAGUGAUGCCAUAAGUAUUAUUGGAAAAACUGAUUUUCCAUUAAAAUGGCCAGAACUUAUAACACAGAUGGUUGAAAAGUUCUCUACAGGGGAUUUCAAUGUGAUAAAUGGAGUGCUUCGAACAGGCCAUUCACUUUUCAAGAAAUACAGAUACGAAUUCAAAUCUGACAAACUGUGGACUGAGAUAAAGUAUGUUCUAGAAAAAAUUGCACAACCUCUCACUGAUCUGCUACUGGCUACAAUGAAUUUAGCUCAGACUCAUGCCAAUGAUACUGAUGCUUUAAAAGUAAUUUACAGUUCACUGGUCUUGAUCUGCAAAGUUUUUUAUUCUUUGAAUUUUCAAGACUUGCCAGAAUUUUUUGAAGACAAUAUACAAAUCUGGAUGCACCAUUUUCACAUAUUACUAACUGCAGAUGUCAAAUGCUUGCAAAGUAAAGAUAGUGAUGAGGCUGGUGUGAUGGAGCAACUGAAAUCUCAAGUUUGUGACAACAUUGCUCUGUAUGCACAGAAGUAUGAUGAAGAAUUUCAACCAUUUUUGCCACAAUUUGUGACAGACGUAUGGAAUCUGCUGGUUGCAACAGGAUUAGAACCGAAAUAUGAUUUGAUUGUUUCCAAUGCGCUGCAGUUUUUAUCAUCCGUUGCAGAACGUAAAAAAUACAGAAAUCUGUUUGAAGAUGAUACUGUGUUGAGUAGUAUUUGUGAAAAAGUUAUAAUCCCCAACAUGGAAUUUAGGGAAUCUGAUCAGGAAUUAUUCGAGGACAAUCCUGAAGAAUACACUAGAAGGGAUAUUGAAGGGUCAGAUGUGGAUACCCGAAGAAGAGCUGUCUGUGAUCUAGUAAACACUCUUAGUCAAAAUUUUGAAAAGAGGAUAAUAGAAAUAUUUGGGCAAUAUCUGCAUGUGAUGUUAACAAAAUAUGCAGAAAAUCCAAAACAGUUUUGGAGAAGUAAAGAUGCCGCCUUAUACUUGGUUACAUCUCUUGCGAGUAGAGGGUCCACACAAAAGCAUGGUGUAACUCAAACUAGUGAACUUGUCAAUAUAACUCAGUUUUGCCAACAACAAGUUUUGCCUGAAUUGGAGCGGCCGAAUGUUGAUGAGUUGCCAGUCCUGAAAGCAGAUGCCAUAAAGUAUGUGAUGACAUUUCGUACAAUUUUACCGAACGAUAUAGUUGUAUCUACAUUGCCACAGCUGAUAAGGCACAUGCCUAGUGAAAGUGCUGUCGUACACACAUAUGCAGCCUGCUGUCUGGAGAAAAUUCUCAUAAUGAAGGAUAACAAUAACCAAGUUGUUGUAACUGGAGCUCAGAUAGAACCAAUCGCUGGAAAUCUAUUAUCAAAUCUUUUCGCCAUACUUGAUAAACCUGUUUCUGAACAAAACGAAUAUGUAAUGAAAGCGAUAAUGCGAACGUUUGCUACCUUGCAAGAGAGAGUUAUACCAUUUUUGAAUGUAGCUCUACCGAAGCUUACGUCCAUUUUGCAGAUGGUAGCUAAGAAUCCAUCAAAGCCGCACUUCAAUCACUAUCUGUUUGAAUCAUUGUCAUUAGCCAUCAGGAUUGUAUGCAAAUCAAAUCAGUCAGCUGUUCGAUCAUUUGAGGACAUACUUUUUCCAAUCUUCCAAGGAAUUCUGCAACAGGAUAUUCAAGAGUUCAUCCCGUACGUAUUUCAAAUUCUCUCUCUGCUGAUGGAGAACACGGCUCCCGGAGCGAUCCCGGAACCCUACAUGCAGCUGUUGCCCUGCUUGUUGGCCCCCAUUCUGUGGGAGCGACCUGCGAACGUCAGUCCCUUGGUGAGAUUGUUGAGCGCCUUCGCUACACAGGCCGCACCACAAAUAGUCGCUCAGGACAAAUUGAGUGGAUACUUGGGGGUAUUUCAAAAACUCAUUGCAUCAAAAACAAAUGAUCAUGAAGGAUUUCAUCUUAUGCAAAAUUUGAUCCAACAUUUCCCAACUGAGGCUAUGGCACCAUACCACAAGCAAAUCUUCUUCUUGUUGUUCCAAAGGCUGUCUUCCUCAAGUAAAACCACGAAAUUUGUGAAGAAUCUCAUUGUAUUUUUCAGUUUGUGUGCAGUAAAACAUUCACCAAAUGAACUAGUUACAACAAUUGAUGGAAUCCAAGCACAUACUGAUAAUUUUUGUUUUAGGAUGUUCGGUAUGGUUCUAGAGAAGUUGUUUAUAGCUGAAUUACAAAAAAUUUCGGGAAGCAUCGAAAGAAAGAUUGUAGCUUGUGGUGUUACAAAAUUGCUUUGCGAGUGUCCCGAAAUGUAUACAGGAAACUAUCAGAAAUAUUGGCCUCAGCUCCUGCAAGCUCUGUUAUCAUUUUUUGAAAUGCCAAGAGAUGAAAGUACUUUACCUGAUGACCAUUUCAUAGAAGUUGAUGAUACCCCAACUUAUCAGUCAGCGAGUGCAAAAUUGAAUUUUGCCAGUUCAACACCAAAUGAUCCAUUACAAGCUGUAACUGAACCUAGACAAUAUUUGGUUCAAAGUUUAGCCAAUUUGGGAAAUUCUCAACCGGGUCGGAUAUCCAGUUUUAUUAGCAACACAAAUUCACAAUCUCAGACGAUUCUGCAAGGCUAUCUAGCUAAAUUUGGAGUGCAACUGGUCUAA